AUGAUGCUGGAGCUUUGGAACAAGGGUGUACUAUGGGACAAGUUGAUUGCUCUGUUAUGUGCUCGCCAAAUGAUUCGCUUCUUUUCAGGUGUACAUUAUAUGCCGUUGACUUCAGUGCAAUACAGCAAUGAGACAGGCGCUGGGAAAUGGCUUCAAAUAGAUCAGGAACUCGAGACAAGGAACGGUCAAACCAUUGGUACAAGUCGACCGACUGGUCAUUCGUUACUCGUCGACGUGCGAUUCGAGUUACCGUUCGAUGCUCAAGGCUCAGACGCUGAAGAAUUACAAGCGAAACUGCAGGCGUUGAACAAGCUCAUUGAAGUUAAUGUAAGUCGUAUGUGUCAUUCGCUGUUAACGUCACCAGACUGCAUUCAUUCCUAG